GUAUUUGCACGAAAUAUCCCAGAAAAGCUUCUAAAUUCACAAAUAUGGCGUGGCUCAAUAAAUGAGAAGAGACGCCAUUUCGUGGCUGGAUGACGCAGUUACGUCAGAUAGCGUCGUAACUAAGGAGGUUGAAAGACUGAUGUUUUUGCCCGUUAUUUUUCUUAUAUUUGGAAAUGGCUGCUAAAGCGACCACUAUAAAAGAGGCCAUCAAACGGUGGGAAGACAAAACAGGUCAACAAGCCGCCACCGCCACUGAAGUUAGUUUGAUUUUCCAAUGGCCACCGAUAGAAAAAAUGGAUAACUCUCUAUCUUGCCUAACCAAUUGCGAAAAGUUGAGCCUCUCAACGAACAUGAUUGAAAAAGCUUCUGGGUUAAAUAGUUUGAAAAAGCUUCGUAUCCUUUCUUUAGGAAGAAACUAUAUAAAAUCAUUUGCCGGUAUGGAGUGUAUAGGGGACACACUAGAAGAACUUUGGGUGUCUUACAACUUAAUAGAGAAAUUAAAAGGAAUCAAUGUAUUGAGAAACUUGAAGGUUCUGUACAUGAGUAACAACUUGGUGAAAGAGUGGAGCGAAUUUAACAAACUGCAGGAACUUCCUCUACUAGAAGACUUGCUUUUCGUUGGUAAUCCCUUGUACGAUGGGUGCGAACUCGAGGCGUGGCGUGCCGAGGCGGCCAGAAGGCUGCCCAACUUGAAAAAACUGGACGGGGAGACCGUUCUCAGAGAAGACGAACCGCCUCUGACAGUUGCUGAUAUGAAGCCUGACGGAGGGGAUGCCGUAGAAACGCUAGUUAGCGCGGAAACGAACGAUUAACCGCCUCAUAGUCAUUGAUCAUAAAUUAUGACAACAUUCUUGCUACAAAUAAAACAGGGUACAGCUGGCGUGCUCUGGUCCAGUUGAUGGUCUUCGAAACUCAACGAGCUAUAAAACGAUUACUUACCUGCGUGCAUCGUGACAUUUUAGUUUUGCAAGUUUCGACAGCUUUAUUGAUUUACUUACAUAAUUUUAUUUAAAGCAGGUGAAAAUGCUUCAAUAACAAUUGGUUUUAAUAUUUGUAUAAUUUGUUCAAAUUAUAAUAGUUUAAA